UAAAACUUACUAAAUCAAGAUGGAAAAAAUAAUAUCAAAGUAUGAUUAUGCCAAUGGUAAUGAUGAUGCUGAAUCUGCUAUUCAAGAUGAACUUCAUGACCUUGACAUAGAUGAAAUAGGGGAAACGAUAAAGAUAUCAGACAUUAAAAACAUCAUAAAUAUCUUCAUCAAGAAGAUUUGUUUGGAGGAAUAUGUUAAGAAAGUACCCAGAGGUUCUCCUGGUUGUUAUAUGGCCACCAUGACUUGCCGGCAUCUCUGUGAUCUUAUAGACAAUGGUGUUGAGAAUGAGAAAUUAUCAAAAACAGAUUGUCAGGACUGUUUGUUUGAUCUCUAUUUGGCCAUUAUACGAGCUGGACCAGGAACAGCUCAUUAUGAAGUUCUGGCAAAGAUAGAAAAAUGUAUUGAAAUGGACACAUAUUUAAAGGUUUGCUGUGUUUAA